ACGUUUAGUUUCACUUCCGCACUUUGGAAGCACUCCACUCCUGCUCGCAUCAAGUCGUGUCUAAAACACUUUUCUCCGACUAAAAAGAGCGUGGUCGUAAAGAAACGGCAGCCUUCUCGUUUGAAGGCUGGUAUAAAUAUGUAUUUGUUGGUAUAAUUUAGGGAGAAAUUAGAAGCCGAACUCUUUUUUUUUUUUUUUUGCUGAAGUCAACCAGGAAGUGUCUCUAGCAGAAGGAGGCUCGCUGCAUCACUUGUAACUUCUCCAACGCUGUUAAAGCUGACAGAAUGCAGGUGUUAACCUCUCCCAGUCAAGGAUCUCUCCUGGUUUGGACGUUGAUGGUUCAGCUUUUCCUGCGAGGCAGCGGGACUCACGCCGAUGACGGCACCAAGAACUGCAAACUCGUCUUUGAAUCCGAGUCCGAACGAAAGGUCCUGCGGCGAAUAGAACCGCUCGCCCGCAAGAACUUUACGGCGGAGAUGCAGAUUGGAGAAGGAAAGUACUCGUACGCGUUCCAGCUGUGCGGCGACGCAGGAGGCGUCCCAGGAGCCGGUGUCAUUCAGGUGGAAAGCCAGAAGACGGGACCGAAGAUAACCGUGAUUGGCUUGUACAAUGCAACAGAGGUCAUUGGAGGAAGCGACUAUGUGUGGUUGAUCUAUGGAAAUGGAGAAAAAUACGACACCCACUGCUCCAAAGAACAGAGGAAAGCCUUUGUCAUGAUUUUUUGCAACCGAAAUUUGGAAUCGGGCCAACUGGAGGUGGUUCAGGAGAACAGAGAACGGGAGCAGCACUGCUUCUACCAGUUCAAGCUAGAGUCCAGUGCCGUGUGUCCACCUCUUGAAUACAAGCUUAGCGCCGGCUCCAUCAUACUCAUCAUUGCUUUCUGUCUACUGGCUGUUUACUUUGUUGGAGGUUUCCUCUACCAGCGGCUCAUCGUCGGGGCCAAAGGCAUGGACCAGUUCCCCAAUCAUGCCUUCUGGGUGGAGGUCGGCAAUCUCUCGGCCGACGGUUGCGACUUUGUAUGUCGCUCGCGGGAUCGAGAGGAGCCCCCUACUUACAGGGGAGUGUCCACAGAACCUUUAGAGGAUGAGCCCGAAGAGCGAGAUGACCACUUGUUACCCAUGUGACCUCACAAGGCCGCACUUUUGUUUUCACUGUGUGACAGGUUUGAUGAAACUGCCUGUAGGCCAACUCCGUUCCGAAGGAAAGGGCAGGGCGUGUAAAGUACAGACACAGCGUAGAGCUCCUUCAUGCAGAUUAGCAACCUCCGCACCUCCUUCAUCAAGUGAUUCAUUUGGGAUUAAAGCGGAGUUUCUACUCCAGAAAUGUGAAAGGGAGUGUAGUUUCUACUUGAUGCAAAUCUAUAUGCUAUUCCCCCCUGCUAAUGACGUGUGAGUAUACUGUAGGCCCACAUAGGUCAUAACACACUGCCGUGUUUUUUUCAUGCUUUAAAACUGUUAUUUAGGCGGGUUGGAUAUUGUGAACGUUUCAUUUUAAGUCAGUACUCAUUCCACUCACAGGUCAACAUAAAUGUAUAAUUAGUACAAAACAUUCACAUUCAAUGAUUAAAAACACUCACCUAAAUGUUUUAAGUUUUGCUGAUACAAGCAAAUAUACACAGAUAUAUGAGAAAAAAAUGUGCAUUGAUUAUUUUUUAAUUAAAUAUUUAUAUAUAUAUAUGUAUACAUAUAUAUUUUGAUAAAAUGCACUUUCAUAGCAAAUAACCAAAACUGAUAAAGUCCUUAAUAAUGGUCCUUGUAAUUUUACCUUUGAAUAACUAAGUAUUUAAGAAAACAAAAGUGAUUUGAUGGUAACGAGGGCACGUCCCCGGUAUUAUAAAAUAUAUCCACUUUACAAUUUGGACUGUGUUGGUCAGUGAUUAAAACCAGCUUUUCAAACUUGUUGGAAAAUGAUGUUUGGGAUUUUAAAGUCACUUCUCUUUUCUUUGCUUUAACUUCAUUUUUUGUGUUAUAUAUACCGUAUUUUUCGGAGUAUAAGUCGCACCUGCCGAAAAUGCAUAAUAAAGAAGGAAAAAAACAUCUAUAAGUCGCACUGGAGUAUAAGUCGCAUUUUUGGGGGAAAUUUAUUUGUUAAAACCCAACACCAAGAAUAGACAUUUGAAAGGCAAUUUAAAAUAAAUAAAGAAUAGUGAACAACAGGCUGAAUAAGUGUACAUUAUAUGAGGCAUAAAUAACCAACUGCUAUGUUAACCUAACAUAUUAUGGUAAGAGUCAUUCAAAUAACUAUAACAUAUAGAACAUGCUAUAUUUUUACCAAACAAUCUGUCACUCCUAAUAGCUAAAUCCCAUGAAAUCUUAUACGUAUAUUCUUUUACCUGAAUGAGCUAAAUAAUAUUAUUUGAUUUUUUACGGUAAUGUGUUAAUAAUUUCACACAUUAGUCGCUCCUGAGUAUAAGUCGCACCCCCGGCCAAACUGAAAAAAACUGCAACUUAUAGUCCGAAAAAUACGGUAUACAGUAUUCUUUCAUUUUAUUUAUAAUCUGUGCGUCCUUCCAAAUCUUAAAAAACAUCAUGCUUAUUUAUAUUUUAUUGGGUCAUCAACAUGGAGUGGAAAUUGUUUUUUUUUCUGAAGUGACUUCAGUUUGAAGCAUGUUGUAAUUGAUGUCCUCACAUUUGGACAUUUUGUGUACAGUAUGCCAUGAUGUUUGGAAUUAAAAAAGUUAUAUAUGUUAACCUGA